GUACCUAAGCUAUAAGAACCUUGCACGUGUGACAGAUGAAUUUGGCGCAAAAUAAUAUGUUUAGCAUCUUUUUGCAUCGUUUGGUGGAAUCGAGCCAGCAGUUCAAUUCAAAGGUGGUGUCCCGUAGCAUAUGAAACAUUUCGCAAUGGAAUCGGAAUUUAGCUGUACGGCUUGGACUCCGGAGUAUUUCAUUGCUCACGAAUCAGCAUGUGUGAAGCAACUAUCGGUCGAUACCGUGUGGUUCUCCAUUCCCCUACUCAACUGCACCGAGCUUGCUCACCUCCCGGACGGUUGUUUGGUACGAUUUCGCGGCAUGCUGCAGGACAUGCAGGACCCGGAGUGUUAUCUCGAGCGAUACACCGUCCGUUCCAAAUCCGAUGGUUCGGUAGUACGGCAACAGAACGGCAAAUAUCGGGACAUUUUACUGUACAACAGUGCAACGGAAGUUGUGGAUACGGGUUGUAACGGAGACAACACAUUCGGUGAGCGCAGAUCACUGUUUGUUAUCACCAUUCCCGGUCAGAAUCGGUGGGCUGAAGAAUGUGAAAAGGAACAAAAGGGAAAUCUUCCUCGUAAACUUUCCGAAACACCGAAUGAUGGUAAUGCGGAAGUUUCCCGGUCUACCGUUAAACGUACUCUUGAUGAUGAGCAAAUGGAAGUCGAUGGAAUGAGCACAGCAGAGCAAGGUUCAACAGCAGAAACCACUCCUAAGACUUGUGCUAAUGGAGUGAAAAAGAGGGCCACUAACGAAGCACCAGUUCCAGCAGCAGCAGCACCAAGCGGAGCUGUGCUAUCUGCCGAUUAUCUGCUCAACUCACCAAUUGCCGAUCGACCCGGAAAAGCAUGUCUGGUCAAGCUGUACAGCAACUGCGACGAUUGGACGCUUAACACUGUGAUUGAGGUGGUUGGUUUCCUUUCCGUAGAUCCAGCCCUCGACGGUAGCGGAGAUAGUACCGGGAUGGAUGAGUUCGCAGACGAUGUAUCGGAGCAUCAGGCAACACAUCCACCUCCUUCGCUAAUACCACGGCUGCACGCCAUUAGUGUACGGAAACUUUCCCACACGAAUCCACUGUUGCUAGGGCAGAGUCAGUCCGCUGAAUUGGAAAACGCUGAGGCCAUAGCUAGCGAAACGACAUUCAAAGAUCUGCACAACCUUUUCACGCAGUGUCUGUUCGGGGACGGGAUCGCUGCCGACUAUCUGCUGUGCCAUCUCGUGUCGUCGGUGUACAUACGGGACGAGGUAGAAUGCAGAGGACAAUUCGCGCUAAAUAUCAGCAACAUUCCGGCGGAAGUGUUACCCGGUUAUACGCGUUCCUUGUACGAGCUGCUGGAGUUGCUACUGCCCGUCAGCCAUUAUCUGCCGAUGACGCUCGAAACCAUGAAUACGGUGCAGUUCGUGCCUAAAAAAGACUACACAACGAAUAAGCUCACGAGCGGUCUGUUGCAACUAGCUCCCCAUACCCAUCUGGUGCUGGAUGAAACGCGUCUGCAGACGGGAAAGCUCGAAUCGGGUGGUGUCGAAGCAGUUAAACACGUUGCACACCUCAUCAAGAGCCAACGGUUGAAGUACAAUUUUCAAUUUUAUCAGCUUGAUUUCAAUGCCGACGUGCCGGUGUUGAUACUAAGUGAAGGAAAAAGUAUGCUACCGAGCAAUUGCUAUCUGCCCAUCGUUCCGGAUCUGGAUGCGAUCAAACUGAUCGAUGAAACGAUUAAAGCUGGCCGGCACUACAUCACACCAAAGCUGGACGAGAUGCGCCGAUACCUAACCACUGCCCGUGUGCGUGAGUUCGAUAUGAAAACGCUCGAUCCUACCAUCGUGCAGGAUGACUUCGUUCGAAUGCGCACGGAAAACAGUGCGGUCACGAUGGACGAUCUGCAUGCACUGUUCGUGCUGGCACGAUUGCUUGGAUUGAGCCGUGGCCGGAAGUCAUUGGGGCGGGAGGAUUGGGAACGGGCGAAGGUGUUGGAGAGCGAGCGACGCAAUCGGAUCGAGAUGUUUAGCAAAACUAAAACCGAACCAUAACCUUCUGCUGAAGCUUAAUUUAUGUUUGGUGAUUUUCGCUUAAUUUGGUGUUGUAUUAUGUUUUUUUUUGGUUAUUUCUUUUAAACUUUGUGUACGUGUCCCGCGAAACACCGCUUGUCCAAUUACAUGUUCUUGAUUGUAGUACAAGCUAAAAUGAGAGAUAAGUUUUUUUUUAAUUUUGAAAGAAAUUGCCAACAAUACGAUACGAUGAAAUGCAAAACUGUUGGUCAUUUUGUUCUGUUUGCAUUUCGCUGAGAUGAUGCCGUGCUUGGGUUUAUGAACGUAAAUAUUUCAUUAAAUAAUGAUUCAAAUUUAUAACGCGCUUUGAUCACAUCAAAUAAACCCC